CUACUUCCACUGAGGAAAUGGAAUGUUAUGACACCUUGGACAAGUUACUCGCCAGUAAAGAUGGUCUGUCGGCUUUUAGAGCUUUCCUGAAAUCUGAAUUUAGUGAUGAAAACCUAGAGUUCUGGUUGGCCUGUGAAGACCUAAAGACAUCCACAUCUGAUCAAAUUUCUUCAAAAGUUUAUGACAUUUAUUGUGAAUUUAUCAAGGCUGAAUCUCCAAGAGAGAUAAAUAUCGAUCAUAAAACAAGGGAUGAUAUAGCUCAGAACAUUACACAAACAACGAUUCAUUGUUUUGAUGAUGCUCAAAAGCUUAUACUUUGUCUAAUGGCCAAGGACUCAUUCCCACGAUUUCUAAAGUCCGAACACUACAAGGAGUUGGUGCAGAAACAACAAAACCAUGUGCAAAAGAGAUGAUUGUCAUGAUAAAAAUGCAAUAUGCUGUUUGCUCUGGCUGGGCCACUAUCAAACACUGUUGCAACUUAGUGCUGUUUUUCAAAAUAUAUCAGUGUACACACACACAUAUUACAGCCCAAAAUUAAAUAUAUAUUUGACUUUUUGAGGACAGAAAGGAAAUGUGUCUACUAAAUAAAAUCUCCUUUAACAA